UCCUUUCCUUUCUGUUUACUUUCAUUCUAUUCUUACAUCAUCAGUCACAGAAUUUGGACCAUUAGGUUGCUUCUGUUCAUAUCCUUUGUCUUUCUCUUAUCUCUUUCAAACUUUCACAUGUUUUGUUUUUCUCUGUAGCCUUCGUUGAUUUCUUUUGCUUUGCUUUGCUUUUUUUUUCGACCAUGGCAACUCUGGGUGAUAUUGGGGUGUCUGCCUUAAUCAACAUCCUCACUGCAUUUGCAUUCUUGUUGGCUUUUGCUCUGCUGAGGAUUCAACCAAUUAACGACAGAGUUUACUUCCCAAAAUGGUACAUCAAUGGAGGAAGAACAAGCCCGAGAAGGGGUGGGAAUUUUGUGGCAAAGUUUGUCAACCUCAAUUGCAUGACUUAUCUUACUUUCUUGAAUUGGAUGCCUCAAGCUUUGAAGAUGAGUGAGACUGAGAUUAUCAACCAUGCUGGCCUCGACUCUGCUGUUUUUCUCAGAAUUUACACUCUUGGGGUAAAGAUUUUUGUGCCCAUAACAGUUGUGGCACUUCUUAUCCUCAUUCCAGUGAAUGUGUCAAGUGGAACAUUAUUUUUCCUGAGGAAAGAAUUGGUUGUGAGUGACAUUGAUAAGCUCUCGAUAUCGAAUGUUCGCCCUGAAUCUAUAAGGUUUUUUGUUCAUAUUGGGUUAGAAUACUUGUUCACGAUUUGGAUUUGCUACAUGCUUUACAAGGAAUAUGAUAAUGUAGCAAGAAUGAGGUUGCAUUUCUUGGCCUCCCAACGUAGGCGUGCAGAACAGUUCACUGUAGUUGUGAGGAACGUGCCUCAGAUGUCUGGUCACUCAAUAUCAGAUUCCGUGGACCACUUCUUUAAAACAAAUCACCCUGAUCAUUAUCUUUGUCACCAGGCGGUCUAUAAUGCAAACAAAUUCGCUAAAUUGGUGAGAAAAAGAGAUAGGCUCCAAAAUUGGCUGGACUAUAACCAACUGAAGUUCGAAAGACAUCCAGAGAAGAGACCAACUAAAAAGGCAGGAUUUCUUGGGCUAUGGGGUGAAAGAGUUGAUUCCAUUGAUUUCUACAAACAUCAAAUAAAAGAGUUUGAUAAAAAAAUGGCACUAGAGCGCCAGAAGGUUCUCAAAGACCCAAAAUCUAUUCUGCCAGUUGCUUUUGUAUCAUUCAAAUCACGUUGGGGUGCUGCUGUUUGUGCACAGACACAACAAAGCAAAAAUCCAACACUUUGGUUAACGAAUUGGGCUCCAGAACCCCGUGAUGUUUAUUGGCGGAAUCUGGCUAUUCCAUUUGUUUCGUUGACCAUUCGGAAACUAAUAAUAUCAUUAUCAGUAUUUGCCUUGGUUUUUUUCUACAUGAUACCCAUUGCUUUCGUUCAAUCCCUUGCAAAUUUAGAGGGUCUUGAAAGAGUUGCUCCUUUCCUGAGGCCUGUUAUAGAACUGAAAUUCAUCAAAUCUUUCUUGCAAGGUUUCCUUCCUGGUCUUGCUCUUAAAAUCUUUUUGUAUAUACUGCCUACGAUUUUGAUGAUCAUGUCGAAGAUUGAGGGACAUAUAGCAUUAUCAACUCUUGAACGACGAGCAUCAGCAAAGUAUUAUUAUUUUAUGUUGGUGAAUGUGUUCUUGGGGAGUAUAGUGACUGGAACAGCUUUUGAGCAAUUGCAUUCUUUCCUUCACCAAUCACCAACGCAGAUCCCUAGAACCAUAGGGGUGUCGAUACCAAUGAAGGCCACUUUUUUUAUUACAUAUAUUAUGGUUGAUGGAUGGGCUGGUAUAGCUAGCGAGAUUCUCCGAUUGAAGCCAUUGGUUAUUUUUCAUCUUAAGAACAUGUUUCUGGUGAAGACUGAGCGAGAUAGAGAAAAGGCAAUGGACCCUGGAAGCGUGGAUUAUCCAGAAACUCUCCCAAGUCUCCAACUGUACUUCCUUUUGGGAAUUGUCUAUGCUGUGGUUACUCCCAUUCUUCUUCCAUUUAUAUUAGUCUUCUUUGCCUUUGCCUACUUGGUUUACCGUCAUCAGAUAAUUAAUGUCUACAAUCCACAAUAUGAGAGUGGUGCUGCAUUCUGGCCACAUGUUCACAGCCGCAUAAUAGCAAGCUUAUUGAUCUCUCAACUUCUAUUAAUGGGUUUGCUCAGUACAAAAAAGGCUGCGAAUUCCACUCCUCUUCUUGUUAUCUUACCCAUAUUGACAUUAGCCUUCCAUAAAUAUUGCAAAAACCGUUUUGAGCCAGCAUUCAGAAAGUAUCCACUGGAGGAAGCAAUGGCAAAGGACAUAAUGGAUCGGACCACAGAACCUGAUCUAAACUUAAAAGCUUUCUUAGCUGAUGCUUACUUGCACCCAAUUUUCCGAACAUUUGAGGAAGAGGAGUUGGUGGAGGUCAGAGUUGAUAAAGUUAGAGUUGAUAGACAACAAUCUUAUGCUGACAAUGCCCCAACUAGUGAUCUCAGUUCCCCCUCCCCACCUCAUGAGGUAUACCAUUCCACCUCCCCCCCUCAUCAUAGCUAUCAGCCCACCUCCCCACCCCAAGAUGUAUAUUAUCAUGGCUCCACACCCCAAUAUGCUUAUAACUUCUCCUCGCCUCCCCAUUAUGGCUAUCAUUAUGAAGCAGAGCCAUGAUCUUCAAGGAACUAAUAUGCUUAGAAGGAGUCCUAACCAAACUUUGUCAGAUUCUUUUAACUUACCGCCAGGUAUUGAUGAUGAAAUCCUUCUCCUUUCCUGUAAUUAUUGUUAAGCAGAAGUACAUAUCAGUUAAGGCAUUUUUCCAGAAAUUAUGCUUGAAGUUCCACCAUACUCAAUUUGGUCCUCGAGUUGAACUUCCCUUGCUACUCAGGUUGUAAUUGUUACUUGUUUUUUUGGAUUUGCAGAGUUCAAUGGUUUGCUUUCCCUGUAAAUUAUUGAGUUGUCAAUGUAAAAUGGCUUUGAAAUUUCCUUGACAUAAUGUCUUGGUUUUUGCCAUGGUUGGUGCAAUGUCCCUAGGACAUGAAAUGUUAGUAGGAUGGAAAUUUUCCGUUUCUUUUGCUUCAUGUCUGGCAUAUGGAAAUGGAAGUAAUGUAAUAAAGCUUGAGGACUUGGAUUGCUUUUAAAGUUACUAGACUUGGGCU